GAAAAUAGGGUGUCGAAUCUGUCCUAUAACCUCUGAUAUAUUUAUUUCUAUUUUAAAGAACGAAAAUGAAUAUUUUAUGAUAAUUGUGGUUUAGCUUGUGUAAAAGGUUAAUCUAAGUGAUGUUGUGUACUACCGUUUUUGUUUUCGCGGUCGUCCUGUAGCGAUUUAUAAAAUUAAACAUGGCCUCGAACCGAGGAAUUCAGAUUGGAUCCGCGUGGUUUCAAAGGAAGCUGAAUUUGAGGCCACAGCACCGGGGCGUGCACCUCGUCACAGAGGAGAUCCUGAAACAGGUGCCGGAACUGUCGCAAUUCGCGGUCGGCCUCUGUCAUAUACAGAUAAUGCACACUUCGGCGAGUCUUGCUCUAAAUGAGAGUUGGGAUCCUAAUGUGAGGGAUGACAUGGAAAUGAUGCUCAACAAGAUAGUGCCAGAGGGUCUACCUUACCGCCACUCUUGCGAGGGACCUGAUGAUAUGCCAGCCCAUGUGAAAGCAUGUUUUCUGGGCUCUUCACUCACAAUCCCCAUCACUGAUGGAAAACUUAAUUUGGGUACAUGGCAAGGCGUUUGGCUGUGUGAACACAGAAAUCAUGCUGGCAGUCGAAAGAUUGUAGUGACACUGUCGGGCUGCCUGCGGGACUCGCCGCUGUCGCCCGUGUCAGCAGCGUCGUGCUCAAGUUAGGAGCGGGCGGGGGGCGCGACCCCGCACACGCACUCGCGCCCCUCCUCCAAGAGCACGCGGAGGUAAACCCAGCCCCACAUACUCCUCGACCUACAUACCAAACAUUCCUAACAUAGGAAAGACAAUAUGUACAUAAGAUUGAUAUUUUGAUAUUCUGCGUGGAAUAUUUCUUUAUCCUUCUUUAAGUUUUAGUAUAGAAUACCUGUCAAAACUAUUAAUAUCUGUUUUGGUUCUCAACAUUAAUAUAAUAUUAUUUAAAAAAAAUGACCAAUUUAUGGAAAUGUAAUUAGUUUUUUUUCUUUUAUUUAAGUUCAGAUAUCUGAAACAACACUAUUACAGGAAUUGAAAACACCUGCAUCACCAUCUGAUUAGUUCACAUAGAAAUGUUCCUCGCAGAUUGCUACCCUAAUAAUAUUACUUUAAAUGAAUUUGAACAUUGAGCUCGUUGAACUUUUACAAAGGGAUCACGUGCAAAGGUUUUAAAUGUAUGUAACACGAAAGUGAGUUGUUGUUUUGUUGUUGCGAUAUGUACAUAGGUAACUCCUGGACUUUGUUACAUUCCGCUUACUAGGUAUGGUCGUUGAACAAAAUGUGUGCAAAUUUUACAAUAAACUAGUAAUAAUUAGGGACAUGUGAAGUGACGAGUGGCGAUGGACGUAUUUUUUCACUAAUGCACUUGUUCAGAUUUUUUCAAAUAACACCCGGUACCACGUUGUUUUCUAAGAAAGUGGCACGUUAGAUAUUUUUAUGUAUUCAGUCACUAAUUUUACAACACAAAUUUUGUAUGUAAUCUCGCACUGGUUAAUGGUCAGUUUUUGUAAGUUUUAAGGCCCGAAUGUAGUUUUAUAAAUAGAAAAGUACAUGUACAAUAGCUCCAUUAUUUUCUGUGUUAGGAUAGAAUUUAUAAAAGAAUAAGUACAUACAUAAAAUUUAAUAUGUCCAUAGCUUUAAAUGUGUCACACCCGUUGUAUCAACGGUUGGCCAUGUGCAACCAAUAGUUAGUAUUUGUAUAUCAUUACUAUUAAGAUCAUGAAGUGCCUCGGAUGUAUGGGGUGGUCAAGUCGUCUCCGAGGUUCCACGCCGGCCGAGACUCGUCGCACUACAUACCACCAUUUAAAUAAUAUUUAUAAAUGUAUAUUGGAUGCGUUUGUUACAUUUCAUAGCUCCUUGAGAUUGUUUCUUUUAAUAUUCACAUACAUUCCUUUCGGAGUUGAAGAAAAUAUAUGAAUCUAAUAUUUGUCUUUUAUACGUAAAGAAACUGAGUUAUUCGAUGUCAAAGCGCGUAUGUGUAUAGCUGUAUGUCUUCCUAUGUAAGUUCCCCCAAACGAGAUCGUGAUUGUCGUAAUGGGUGGAUUAAUAGUGUACAUGUGAGCGGUAUUAGGGUAUACAAACCAAAACCUUUAAAUCCGGCCGCAUUAAAUAUACUUAAAUAAAUUUAACGAAAUGAUCGCGUUUUAGGGGGUUGAAUUAAAUCUAAAAUUUGAGCAAGCCAAUAUUCAUAUAGAAUUAUCAGAUGGAAUAAUCAGUAGGUGUGUUUUAUAUGAUACGAGACGUAGUGAAGAUAACAAUACUUCAGUAAUUUUAACAGGGUUGAGAACCUUGUCUCUUACAGGAAUUUAUAUUAUAUCCUAGUAAGGAACAUUCCAUUUGAUAGCGGGGGGCAGUUCGUGUAGAGGGCGCCGCUGUGUCGGUGAGCUUGGGAGUGUUUUUGUUGCGUUCGGCUUCAAAUGUCCCAUCGAGAUCGCUUCUCUGGCACAAUUUUACACUUGAAACUUAGUUAGGAUUUUAAUAAAUUAUGUAUAGGCAGUAGGGUGUAGCCGGGCUCAGACAGCGGUGCGGUCAGUGCCUUCUGACGCCGAGCUCCGCCUAGUACAAUGUGUAGAUAUCACAAACAUCUGUUCGUCUCAAUAACAACCUUAGAGUUACUUCACUUAGAAAGCUUCGUGUACUCUGCCUUUUGAUAGACACAUGUACAAUAUUCUGUUAACUUUUUCUUUUUUCUUUUCGAUUAAGUUUUAAGUUUUACAAAAUAUACAUAACAUAUUUUCUUUUAGUCAUUAUUACUGCAUGAUCAUUAUUAAACUUUUUAUUAUUAAAACUGUUUUUAGUUGGUUUAAAAAACAAUGUUGCUAUUAUUAUUUUUGGGAAGGAUAUUGAAUGGAAGUUUACAGAAUGGUUAUAAAGUGCUUGUUGAAAUAAUUAAGAACAUGUAAAUAAUUUUUGCAUUUAUAUAGCGUACUUGUACAUUUCGAUUGGUGUAUUGUAAUGUAUAAAUAUUUGGGCGCUAUCAAUAUUUGAAUGUUAGGACACUGCCAUUUAAAAAAUAAUAAUUGCCUUUUUUUGUAAAAUUAAUUUUGUCAUUUUUCUUAAUCGAAUAUCUAUUGAUGUAUUAAGUGAAGGAUGGCAUUGUGUAUUUGAUAUGUUAAUUUUUUCUGAAGUUCCUAUGUCAUGCAUAUGUACUGCUGAUAUAUUAAUUGAUUUAACUAGCGUGUGUCCCAAUUUAGGCUGUCAAUAACAACGAAUGUCUAGUAUUUUAGUUACAAGUGCGUGUUUUUUUACAUUUCAACAUUCAAAAACCAAACUCCGUGUAUUGCCUCAUUCGAAUCGGUAAUGACCUGUUGAAUGAAUGAUAUUGUUUAUUUGUUAAGGUCAAAUUGUAAUAAUAUAAGUAAAUAAAAUAGUGCGAAUACAAGCACAGAAUUUAAUCACAAUCGUUUACUACAUACGAAUAAUAUUUUACGAAACAUUAUUAGUUCAUUUCAUAAGUGUUUAUCAAUGUAAACUGCACAUAGCAAAAUGAGGUUGUACACUCGUUCAUAUAAGUAAACGGAAGACAAAUAAUUUUUUGUAUGUUGUAUAGAAACAUCGUUUAAUAAUAAUAUAAUGAUUGUACAGUUAAUUAAAUCACAUUUUUUCUUAGUGGAACCUCAGUUGGGUAUUGUUGGUUUAUUCACCGGAGGUGACGUCAAAUAUCAGUCACAAAAAUAAAAAAUAAAAAAACAUUUGAUUGUAUCAUAAUAAAACUUGUACAAUAUAAAUAUAUAGAUCCACAAUUAUGAAAAAGAUUAAAUA